UAAAAUUUUUAACAAAAAUUUUAUUGUAAAUUAAUACUUAAUAACCUAUAUUUUCCCUACCCAUAGCUCUAACAUGUAUAACAGACGUAUCCAAAGCUAGCGGAAAGAGAAACAGAGCCGCAAGCCUCAACUUGAAUACAGACACGCACACCCAGAGGAAGAGAGAGAGAGAGAGAGAGAGAGGCCUCCAGCCUGUGGUUUUAUAUGCUAGUUGUGGUCUAUUGAAAAAAAAGGUGGAUACUAAAAAUUCAGCCACGCAGAAAAUUCUGGUUAAGCGAUGACUCUCGAUUGCUCUCUGCCCUCUGCUUUCCAUUUGGUAGGCCUACAAAUAUAUUGAGUCAGACGGAUAAUAAUUCACUACACUUUCAUUGAGAGAGAGAGAAAUAUAUGGAAACGCUAGGAACCGCUAAAGAGAAGGGAAGGGAAUCUAAAGAGAACGAAGAAGAAGAAGAUUUAAGAACAAUUGAGAUUUCGAUUUCUGCUGCUGCUGCUGCUGCUUUUUUUUUUUUAUUGAACUUUUAAUUGACCUUCAAGCAGUUUGUUUUCUCUGGGCUUGAUCGGUCGUUGGAUUUUAGGCUGUCCGGUGCGGCCAUGGUUUUUAUUCUUUGGUUUUAUAUACGCGCAGGCUUCGCCGGGUGAUGCAUCGUUUUCUUCCAGUUCUGUUUGGAUAUCUGGUUUGCUGUAGUUUAUCUGUACAAUCUGAUGGAAGAACUGUGGUUAAAAUGAAGUUGCAUUUGAUUGGUGGAUUUUAGCAGCCUCUGCCAGUAAAGAUUCCAAUUUUAACAUUCUUCAUCCACUUAAAUUGGAGGACUUGAAUCCAACUGAUUCAUUACAAACAUGAUGGUGGAUUCUGGUGUUUUUGAUUGAUUGGGAUUUAGGAGAAAUUAAGUAACAGAGAGCAUAAGAGUAGAUAAGGUACCAUACAGAGGAUCCUCUUUACUCUUUGAAGGAUAAUAUACUCAACUCUAGGAAUGGGCUUACCUCAAGUGUCCUCUGGUAGCAUUGCUGAGGAAGUGGCAGCAUCUCUGAGCACAUUGGUGCCACCCCCACCCCGGAUUGUUGGUGUAAGCAGCUGUGAUUUGAGUGGGAUGCAAGGAGCAAAUCUUGGCAAUAGAAUGCAUAUGGAUUUUCAAUGCUCUUCUUCUGGAGAUGUCCAAAAGAAAACCAUCGUGGAUCAUAAGAAUGGGUGGUUAACUAAUAAAAGUGUACAGAAUGUUCAGACACCUAUUGCUAGGAUUGUGGGUUUUGAAUCAAGGGGUUUGAAUUCUCCUGUUAAUUUAUUUAAUGAAAACCAGUCUUUUUCUACUGCAGUUAAUAGCACUGAUGAUAGAAUUGAAUCCAAUGGAUCGCUAGUCAGGAAGCGGUUGUUGUCUCCUUUGAGUGGAAUGCUUCUCCCAGAUCAGUUUAAUGGUGAUUCCUUAGACAUUGGUGACAGCACUUGCAUGAGUAAUUUCUGGAGUGGCAAAGAUAAUUAUAAAGUUUGUGCAUCACAAGAGCAUAAGAAACCUCAUAUUGGCAGCCCUAAUUAUUUUGAUUCCCCAAACUGGUGUACAUCUUAUCAAUCGGAGUGGAAGAAUUCACAGAAUGAUAGUUAUGGGGCAAACUCCAUUUUCUUCAUUGAUGGUCCUGUGCUUGAGAACAAAGAGCUGACUUCUCACAAUCAAUUUGUUUCACCAUUUGGACUUAAUUAUUCUGAAGAAGCAACAAAGGUAAGGUCCCAAACUGGGGCGAUUGCAAUACCUGUAAAAAAGGCAGUAUCAUCCCCCUUGUCAUUGUCUCCUCUUGGUCCAAAACUUCCUGAAAGAAUAAAUUCUGCAGGAUUGUUCAGCAAUGUCUCGAAAAAGUUAAAUGAUGAAUACUUGACCUUCAAGGACAUAGAACAGUCACUUGAUGGAACUUUCCCUGACAUUUUAUCUUCCCAGAAGCAUGAGGACUCUAGGAUGCUACAUGAAUCAUUGCAGGAUUUUGAUAAUUUGCAUAAAAAUUUUGAUGUUCUUACUCCAGAGAUUACUAGUGGUGUGGCACAAUCAUGGAGUGAGGAUUCAAAUCUUACUUCUCCAUUUGUCCAAUUGAGUAGAACUCUUAGUGGAUUGCCUGUUAGAAGGUCAUUGGUUGGUUCAUUUGAGGAGUCCCUGUUAUCUGGUCGGUUAUUAUCUGGUAAAGCUAGUCAGAGAAUUGAUGGCUUCCUUGCUGUUCUUAAUGUCACUGGAGGGAAUUUCUCGCCACAAUCACGAAAACUUCCAUUUGCAGUAACUAGUGUAGAUGGAGAUAACUACUUGCUGUACUAUUCAUCAAUAGAUCUAGCAGCAGGGAAUUUGCCAUCAAAAAAAUGCAGUGGCACAAAAAUGAGAAGGAGCCUGAGCAUUAAUGAUUCACAAGCAGAACAAAGCAGGAUGCGCAUCCCUGUGAAAGGGCGGAUACAAUUGGUUCUUAGUAAUCCAGAAAAGACACCUAUUCACACUUUCUUUUGCAACUAUGAUUUAAGUGACAUGCCAGCUGGUACCAAGACAUUUCUGCGCCAAAAGAUCACCUUAUACUCGUCUGGAAUGAAUGGGAGGAACAGAGAUUCUGCCAUAAAAAGUGAUGUCAAACAAUCUUCAAUCCCAGACAGUAGUCAUUCUUUACCUAAUGGGAGGGAGACUUCCCAUUUAAAUGGACUUGAUGCCGAACAUACAAUAAGGUCUGCCAACCACAGUAGUAAAUGUAUAAAUACUGGUGUGGAGGCGAAUAGCCGUCCAAAUUCAAUCAGUGUAUUUGUAAGCAAAUCUGCACAUAGCCCUUCUAAGGCUAAUGAAAACACUACUGGAGCUGGUGUCCUGCGUUAUGCUCUUCAUCUCCGGUUUUUGUGCCCUUUCCCCAAGAAAGCCCCAAGGUCAGUCCGGAGGUGCAAAUCUGAUCCUUUAUCAGCACCAACAGGAAACAGGAUGGAAAUGAAAGGGGAUCGCCGCUUCUACUUGUAUAGCAAUAUGAAGGUGGUGUUCCCACAACGCCAUUCAGAUGCUGAUGAGGGCAAGCUACAUGUAGAAUAUGAUUAUCCAUCGGAUCCCAAGUACUUCGACGUCUAAAAACCCCGGUAGCUUAUCCUCUCAGAAGUUGGUUAUACAACUCUUGUAUAUAUGUGUUAUAUAAUUUACUUUCAUCCUCCCAUUUAUUUGUAAAUAAUUUUAACUUUUUUUUCAAAUAAAUCAGAUUUAAUUUUAUAA